UAUAUAAAUUAAUCUCAAACUAGAAAUCAUCAAUCCAUCCACCUAACAAAAAAAUAAAAGGAGAAUAGCAUUUUUAAAAUAAAUUCAUUUAUAGCAAUAAAUCAUUUUAAACGUCAAGCUCUACAAACCAUAAUAAAAUUAACAAUAGUCAAGCUCAAUUUAUUUAAAGUAUUAUUUUAUCUGCUGUUUUUUCUACUUCUUUAUUUGGGCAAACUCUAUCAAAUGAACAAGCUUAGUGAAGUUUAGCAACAAAAGCUAUUUAAAUAAAUUAUUGAGCAGGAUUCUGAAAACACAAUAUGCGCUGACUGUGGAAUGAAAAAUCCUACUUGGUGCUCUUUAGAUUUAGGUGUAUUUGUUUGUUUAGACUGUUCUGGUGGGCAUAGAAGAUUAGGGCCUACAGUUAGCAGAAUUAGAAGCUACAAAAUAGAUUCUUUAGUAGAAAAAGAUACAAAUGUAUUUUUUAGCGUAGGAAAUAGAUUAGCAAAUUAAUAUUAUGAAGCGAAGUUGAAAAAUACUCACAUAAAACCUUGUUAAGAUAGUCCAUUAGACAAUAAAAUAGAGUUUGUAAGAUAGAAAUAUCUUGAAAAGCGAUAUGUCUAAAACCAAAAAGAUCCAAGUCCAGGUGAAAUUUUCUUCAAAAGUGGAAAAGGAUAAGAAAAUCCUAAUUCUAGAAACAACUUUUAAGGAUUUACUUAAGGAGAUUCACCUGAUAAAAGAAGAGCGAAUAGCAAUAUUCCUUCUUCGAGCCCAGGAUAAUUUGAUUUUUUUUAGUAAUUAAACAAUAAUUCUCCUACUAAAACUUCAAAUCCUUAAUAGUAAUAAAAAAAUUAUCCUUCUAAUAAGAUUCCUUCAAAGUAAUAUCAAAUUGGAGUUCAACCACCUCCUAUCUAAAAGCCUAGCGCAGUAGUUAAUAACUCAAAUUAAAAACCAAAGAAUAAUGCUUAAAUGAUGUGGGACAUGAGUUAAUUCAUGAACAAGAAUUCUGACACUAAAAAGUAAAGCUAACCUUAAAGUAGAAAUGAAUUGGAAGUUCCUUAAAAUUAAAGUUUGUAGGGUGGAUCUGAUAAUAACUUGGAAUCGAAAUCAUCAUAAUUCAAUAGUUUUAACCAUGUAUCUAAAUCACCAGAUCCUUUUGAUGAGAAUUUUAUGCAGUGCUUUAAGUCUGCGGAUGGAAGCUUUCCUACAUAACCGUUUUAAGAUAAGAAACCAACAUAAAAUAAAAGUAAUUUCUAAUAAUUCAAACCAGAAUAAUAAGAAAACAGUAAACAAUAAGAGUAGAAAACUUAAAAAACCUAAAACAAUAGCAAUGACCCAUUUAAUUUUUGGAAUGCUUAAAACAACAAUAAUUAGUUCAAUCAAUAAUAGUAACAAUAAUAGUAAAAUUAGGUACCUUAAAAAUCUGAUAAAGAAAAUAAUAAAUCUAGCUAAAUUCAGAUUAAAAGAGCUUCUUUACCAUAGGUUAGAGGUAAUUCUAACUAAAAUGAAGACUAUUGGUAAAAAUAAUUUGCUGAUUUCAGCUCUUUCAAUAAUACUCCCAUCCAAAAUAACAACUAAGAUAGAUCAGCUAACAAACAGCUUGAAUUUUAAUCGCCUACAUAUAAUCAAAAUCAGUAUUAGAGCUAUGAUCCUAAGCAAGUUUCAGAUUUUAAUUAAUAGAAUAAUAUGAAUCACCAUUCAUAAUCUUAGAAGUAAAUUUAAGAUUAGCAUCAUCAUUAACAUCACUCAAAAUCUGCAUAGUAAACCUAAAACCCAUUUGAUGACUUUUUUAGUGAUUUUAGCAAUAAUGGUAAUAUGCAAAAUAAUAACUUUAGUUAACAAUAAAAUAAUAACUUUAACUAAUAGUAAAAUAAUUUAAAUAUGAAUUACAAUAAUAAUAACAACUGUAAUUAAAUGAAUAAUAAUAAUUAAUUUAAUUGCUAAACAAACAACUAGUACAGUACCUAAGAUUUGCAGCAAUUUUAUCCAUCAUAAAAUAUCAAUUAUUAAAAUUAAUUCAACUAAGGCUUUUAAUAGCCAAAUGUAUACAAUUAAAGCUAGAUGAAUGAUAUGAAUUUUAGCGUACCAAAUUAGUAAUUUACUCCAUAAUAAUUUAAUUACUAAAAUCAAUAUAACAACUUUAACACUAUUAAGUCUCCACAAAACCAAUAGAAUUAGUAACCUAAUUUUAACCAGUAAAAUAUCUAAUAAUAAUAGUAUUUCAAUUAAAGCAACCAAUAAUAAUUUUGUCAGCAACAGUAAUAAUUUUUCUCACCGUAGCAGUAGCCAUAAUAGCCUUCAUUUUAAUAAAAUUAAUAAAAAAAUAUUGAUUUGCUUGAUCUUAUUUGA